GCCGCACACGUGGGCGCGCCGGCGCCGAGCGCAGCCAUGGGCAAGAGCCGGGCGCGGCUGUUCCGCAGGGCGCCCCGAGCCCCCGCCGGGCCCGCGCACCAGCGCCCGGGCGAGCGCGGCCCCGAGGAGGAGGCGGCGGCGGAGCUGCUGGAGAAGCUGCAGCAUCCGAGUGCUGAGGUGAGGGAGUUUGCCUGUGCCAGUAUCUCCAGGCUGUUGCAGCAGCAGCACGUCAUCCCAGCCUUUGUGCAGAGGGACGUGGUGCGCUGCCUGGGGCCGCUGCUGAUGGACCCCAGCCUGGCUGUGCGCGAAACAGCCGCAGGCGCGCUCCGAAAUUUGAGUGCUUGUGGAGGAUUUGAUGUCUGUGAUGACAUGGUGACAAACGACAUCAUGACACCCCUGGUUGCACUUCUGAAAGAGUGUAGCACUGGACUGGAUGCUAACCAGCUCUCUCCAAAGAAAUGCAGAGGGAUGAACAAAAAUUAUAUUGAAGACAUAGCCAAUGAGGCUAUUAAUUUGCUGUGGAAUAUAUGUGAAUGCAACAAUACUGCCCUAUAUAUAUUCAAUAAAGAAGGUUGUCUGGAGGCUGUGUUACAUUACAUGAAGAAAUUUGCCACAAAUGUGGAUCUGGCUAUUUCAGUAGCAAACUGCUUGCAGGCAGUGACAGAAGAUAAUCCAGAUCUUCUUUCUUUGUUUAAUGCUUCUGCACAACAAAUCCUGGAAGCAGUACUGCUGUGUCCAGAGAGCAGCAUGAAGCACAUCCUUCUGAGAACCCUGAUAGCAGGCACUAUCUGGAAUAUAAAGGACACCAUUCCACCAGGCAGCCUGGGAAGCACAGUUAAUGCAAUCCUGAAGAUAUUUUCAGAAUCAUUGGCAAUAGAUGCUGGUGAAACAAUUAUUCAUAUGAAUGAAGCUGAAAACAACAGGUUAAAACUUGCUGUGGAAGCAGGAACUGAGGAAAACAUGAGUGAUGCUACAGAAAACUGUGUUUUGGGUGAAGAUGAUAACAUGGAAGAAAUACCAAAAGGAGAACUCAGAAGAGAAAAUGACAUUUCAGAUUUACUUCCAUCUGAUAAGUGGGAACUGAAAGAAGUGACAGCUUUACUGACGGCUCAGCAGACUGCUCUGGAGAUCAUUGUUAAUAUGUGCUGCAAUGAAGAUCCCUCUGAUGACGAGUGGGAAGAGCUCUCCAGCAGUGAUGAGAGUGACUUGUUCAUGGAGAACUCAUACAACGAGGGGAGUGGGCUGCUGCUGUCACCCCUGUGCCUCUCUGAUGAGGUUAACUCAGCAUUUCUGAACAAUCUCAUUCCAAAGAAGAUUCUUGAAAAAACUGCUUUUCCGAACAGUGUUGCUCUAGACAUCUGUAUGCACAAUCCGUCUUGGAAACCAUUAAUUAAAAAAUUGAAUGCAGUGCAGUGUAGAGCUUUAACAUGUCUUCAGAGCAUUUUGUUGGUGUCAGAUGUGGAUUGUCUUGGAGGAGCUUCAGCACUUCAGUCCCUUGCACAGCAUCUCUCACAGCUGAUCUUUUCUAAAACAGAACUCCCUACAGACACAGAGUUCUUGGAAGCAGUAACCAGUGCUUUGAGGGCUCUCCUACAAACAAUGGCAUCAAAGAACAUCCCCCAGUGUAUGACUCCUGAGCAGCUCUUGGCUUUGUGUGAGGCUGGUAUUCAAAGCAGCAAUGCCUGUGUUAGAGUGAACGUGGUGAGCAUCCUUGGAAUUUCUGGCAGUGUCCUGGCGAAAGAACAAGAUACAGCUGAAACACUGAAGAUGAUUGGAAAAUUUCUUCUUGAGGUUGCUAUGAAGGAAUCUUCUCUUGUGGUGGCAGGGGAAGCCUUGGAUGCACUUUUUGAUGUGUUUGCAGAUGGUAAAGAAGCAGAAGAGGCAGCGUUACAGAUCAAGUUGCUUCCAACACUGAAGGAAUUUCAGCCAGUGUUCAGAAUGAGGAUUCGCAAAGAAGGCAAAGGACACUAUAGUACAGAUCAACUGUGUGUUCUUGACAAUGUGAAGAUGAAUUUGAGAAGAUUCAUUGCAUAUCAGGAGACACUAGGGAAAACCCCAACUUGAAACAUCGAGGAACUUUUAAGGUUUUCUUUGUUAAGAAAUGUUUUCAAAAAAUAUAACUGUUUCGAACUUCCAAACUUUACUGAGCAGGGCAGUUUUGCUUUGAUGUUAAUGCUACAUUUUAUGACAUUCAGUAUUUUUAUACUUUUGGGUUGAUGCCAUAUGAAAGACAUCAGCAUCAAAACCCCUGUAGCAUACCCUGAGAUUGCUGGAGUGGUAAGAAGGUGCUCUUCAGGUGCUGAGGUCUGUACAUAGCACCUCUGUCACUGCCUGGAUAUCUUCAUGUACCUUGGCAGAAAACUACACUUGUGUGAAAAGGUAAUUCUGAAAGUAUUGCUGGUCAUGUGACAAACUGGAAAACAAAUAAAAAGAGUAAAAGUUAAAGAUCUAUUUCAGGGAAUUGAGCAGUGGGAGAAUAUUUUUUUUAAUAUUCAGAUAUUUGCUGUUUGCUCUUAACCUGUUCCUACAAUAGCACAGGCACCUAUGGCAGACUUCCCAAAAGGAGUGUGUGACAAAGGUGUAGGUUCCUGUCAGCACUUGGAUCUGUUUUUUCAUGAGGUUCAUGAGGAGAAAAUUUUCAGAUCCAUUUAUGAUAAAUUCAGUAUGAUAGCUUUUUGUCCUGAAAAUCAGGGUAAGCAGAUACUACACUUAGACACGACUCCCUGUCUUUUUUUGGUUUCUGAAAAUUUUUCUCCUAUUUAGUCUCCCUUGUAAUUCUGCAUCAGGAUGAGUUUGAAUUCAGGGAAGUAGUAAACCUAACAAAGUAUUUUUUAUAUUGAGGUAAUACCUGAAGUAAAUUUAUAUUACUUAAAAUAUCCUUAGCAAAUAUUUGUGAUGGAGAUUUUUAAGCUGUAAAAUACAGAAAAUAUUUUUUAAAAAUAUCAUUAAUUCAUGAAAAUUGUAUAUGAACUUCAUAUAUCAAAAGCUUUGGUUUUGUAUCUGUGAAUGAGGUCCUCUCAUACACAUUUUUCAAGAAAAAACACUGCAACUAAACACAGAAGCACUUUGUUUUGCUGUUUUUUUUUGAAAUGGGAGUUUUUUUCUCCUCUCUCUCAAUGUGCUGCCUUAUCUCAGGCAUCCAGUUUUUUGGCAAAAUUUUUCCCACAUUAAAAGCAUGGAACUUAAAAAGACGAAAUUUACUGGGUUUGUUAGAUUUCAGUCUCUAAGUCUGGAAAGUAGACAUAGAUUUGAGAAGUGACUGGUAACUUGCAAAUGACUGACUUUCUGAAAUCCUGGCAAGGUGUUUGCCAAAUGCAAGAGGAAGCAAAAAAUGAGUUUAAGCAUCUGUACUGCCUGAAAUGCUGUUACUGCUGUUACUUUACAGGAGUCAGAUGAAAUGUUGAUGUGAUGCCUGCUAGUCAAAGGAAUGAGAGAUGGGAUUGGGAGGGCUCAAGGGCCAUUGGGGCUGGACUAGAGAAAACCAGGAGAAGUCAAGAGCAUGGAGGGCUUGAGAGGUUAUCCAGGGAUUUGGCAGGGCAGGCAGUGAAGAGGUCUGGAGUGUAACAGCUGAGGGAAGGUGGAUUAUGGCAUAAUACCUACAGUGUGUGGAUUUUAAUCCUGGUGUUAGUUAUACUUGCUGUACACUGAGGAUAGUAUACUGUUAGCCUGCUGAAAGGUAUUAGUGGAGCACUUAAAGGACUUCCACGUGGAAAGUUCUGCUCUCAUUUUCUGUCUGCUACAUUGAAUUGCAGGAUGUUCUAGAUUGGAAGCGAUCUCUGGAGGUCUCUCAGUCUAGUCCUCUGAUCAAAGCAGGCCUGAGUUGGGAGACAGGUUGUUCUAGGCCUUGAGCAUCUCCUAGAAUGGAAAUUCUGCACAGCCUUUUCCAGGGCUUGACUGCUCUCACUGGAAACACAUUUUUUUCCCUUUUCCCCUUGUGCCUUGUAGGACUUUUCCCUGCUGCAAAAUGUGCCUGUUGUCCUUUGACUGCACACCACCAAGAAGAGCCUGGCUCCAUCUCCUAACCCCUACUUGGCAGCUGAAAACAGCAAUUGUAUUUCCCCCUUCUCCAGGCCAAACAAACCCAGCUCCCUCAGCUGUUCCUUGUACGUCCUCUCACCUUCCAACCAUCUCAGUGGCCUUCUGCUUGACCUGCUCUGCUGUGUCUUGUACUGAGGGCCCAAAACUGGACACAUUGCACCAGAUGUGAUCUCCUAGGUGCUGAAUAGAUGGGGGUAAAUUGGUAUUCUUGUCCUGCUGCCCAUGCUCCUGCCAGCACAGCCUGGUAUUUGUAAACUGUUGUCACUGCAAGGGUGCACUUGUGGCUUCAUCUUACUGUCCACCAGGACCCUUUGGUCCUUCUCUCCAAAGCUGUCCUUUGGUCUUUCAGUCAAGGGCACUGCCCCAAAUGUAGGACUUGGCAUUUUAUAAUUGUAGCAGCCAGAAUCUGUUUCCUGGGGACUGUUAGAAAACCAAAGUAUGGGGUUUUUUGUUUGUUUUGGGUUUUUCUUUUAGGUUUAUAAUGACAAGAAACAUUCCAUCUACAAAUACAAAUCUUGCAGAUAAAUAUACAGAAGAUAGGGCAUCCACUAGAAACAUGGCUUUCUUAAUAUAAUCAGUUAGACCCUGUUCUUUUUUCCUUCAAGUGAAAAAACAGACUGGCAUUUAGGUCUUAAACUAUUCUGGCAACAGGAAUGCACAGCUUAUUUUUUUUGCUAUGCACUGAUCAGCUGAAUGUCUUGAAAAAAUAUUUUCAUAAUGAGACUGGUGCAUAGUAUAAGCCAUAUCACUUAAAGAAGAAUAUGACUGCAUCUAUGGAAGACAAGGCAAGUUAUGACUGAUUUAAAGAAGUGUCAUAUCAGGGACUAAAACCAGAUGACAUGCACUGGCACAAAAGAGCUAAGCUACAAGUCUAGGACUACAAAAGUUGUUCUGAUACAACUAAGGAAAAUUAACGCAGCAGCAGAAGUGAUGAUAAUGUGGAAUUAAAUGUUUUGAGGGCUCUUUGAACACUGGUUUAUUUAAUAGGUCUAGGGUAAGCUUCAGACAAAGACAAGAUCCUUUACAGCCUACAAAGGGGAAGAUGGAUCUUGAUACUUGGAGGGUGGCAGAAACUGGACUGAUCUAGACAGUGUGUAGCAUAAGUAAAGAUACUAAAUAGAUGUAAGUGAUCUUCAUCAGUUAAUCUAAUCACACAGAUAAGACUGGUAUCAGAACAGGUAUCUGAAUUGGGUUGCUUACUCUGGUCCCUAAAGCAUUAUCUGUCUGCUUCAGUUAAAAACUGCAGUCCUUGGGAAGUAUGGAUUGCUGCUCUGUGUGUGUCUCUGUCUGAUGCUGAGCACAACUGGCUCUGACUGAGCUGUAAUACCAGAAGAGGAGCUGAAUUUACCUUGGUCUGUGGUAUUAACUAAAGAGUGUAAAGGAGGCUGUAGGUCCUGUGCCCUGUUCAGGAGCAGCAGGACCACUGGCAUUUUCUGCUGCCUUGGUGUCUGCAGCUUGCAAAAUGUGGAAUUCCCAGCUGUGGAAAUAAGGAAUUAUCACUUGUGUGGUUUUAUUCUUGCUCUCUAUGAAAAGAAACAAAUGGCAAGAUUUAAAUGUGCGUUUGUUGUUUUUAUGUUGUGCCUUUACAUUCAGAAGCAGAAGAUGGCUGUAUCCCAGCCUGUAUUAACAGUCAAGUCAAUAGUUUAACUUUUUUGGGGUUAUAGUGUGUUGAAGAUAGUUUUUUGCACAGUAUGGGCUUUUUUUAAAAAAGAUUGUCUUCUUAGAGGAACAAGAAUAACUUCAACCCAUACUACUUGGCUUGGUUUGAUGUUUGUAUUUUGAGAGACAAAUAAAAAAAUGAGACAACAGUAAAAUUACAAAAUGAGAACUGCAUUUGAGAACAAAUUAAUUUGUAAUGUAAUCUUUUGACUUACACUUUUCUUUGUUACAUUUUUAAAAAGUUUAAUUGAAACUUUUUAGUUUGAAUUUUUGAUGUUCACGGAACAUCAUUUAGACUCUUCUUGUUACCUUUUCCUGCUACACUUAUAAUUCUCAGAAUAAAGAGAAUAAAGAAAUAGAGAAAUAAAGAAUUCUAAAGAAUGUGGGGUUUGGAAAAUAGGUUAUUCAUAGUGAUUAUUCCCCAGUUCCAAGAUAUGUUCAAGUCCCACCAGUUUCUAUUUGGCUUUCAAUAGUAGUUUUAGGUACAGGUCCUAAUUUUCAAAGCAAUUAACUUUAUCAACUCAACCCCCAAAUUUCACCCUCUUGCUGUGGUUGAUUUUCUCUUGGGCAAUGCAGAUCAGACAUGCUGUAACACAACAGAGUGCUGAGGACGGUAUGUUCUGCUCUGGGAUGAUUGGGAGAAGCCAGAACUUCAGUCUUUGGUUGUCACCAGGAAAUGGUGCAAAGUCUUCAUUGCAAACUGCUCACUUCAUGGAAUGCUUGAAAUUGGGAUGUGACUUUAAUUCUAAACCCUCCACCUCCAGCUUCCUAAAGAGAAAUCAUCUCCCAUGCAAUUCUGAAAGUGGGGGAAGCACCAGGCCCUCGUGCAAAAUGCUGGAAACUUUGUAGCUGAUAUUAAAGAUGUUGUAAGACUGUAGUAUGAAAACACUAAAAAUAAAACCGAGUCUGAGAAGAA